CGAUGACGCCAAAACGAUUUUUUCAUUCACAGUAGCAACCUAUCGUGAAGCAUCGCUCAAAAUGUAUCUGACAUUUUUCUUUCACGGCAAAGCUAGUGAAAAAUUUAUUCCUGCUCAUUUUUCGGUGAUAAAAGCUUUUAAAUAUUUUAAUUUAAUAAAUAUUUUGUUGACUAUGCACCAGUUAUGAAGUUAAUUAAAGAAUUUACGUAUUAGUGCAUACGGGGGCGAAAUUAACCUAAAUACGUUUUCCCCCUUUAACGACGUGAAUACGCGUCCGGUUUUUUUUACCACAAAAGAGUUUUUUAAAGUGAAAUAUUGAACGUUAAAUAGCAAAAAAAAAAGUAGUGCCAACAAAAUGAAUUCGAAUUAUAUAACGCGUGCUUUGUGUUUCCAUGGCCAGCCCAUGCAAAAGAUUUGGGAAGAUGAGCGCGGCGCUGGAAGCCUGCAGCAGUGCGGUGUACCCGCCCAGCCCGACUACUCAAUCUACCAAGAGCGUCAGAAGUAUUUUACAUUUCAAGACCGCGCUAAGCGUCUUAAAUUGCAUCAAUUUUUUGCGCGCAAGGCGCCCGAUUUAUAUGACGCGGACUUGAGCAGCAACAAAUUGCAACUUGAUAAAGUAAUUGAAAAUGAGCAGCAUAUAGCUUCGCUACCACCUUAUGAACUUUUCGUUAACAAGAAUAAGGACAAACAAAAGCGAUGUCGGUGCGUGCUAGAAGCAUUAAAACCUGGCGAUAUUAUAUAUUGCAUGGUAACAAAACCUACUGCAAAUAUGGUACAUCCGCUAUGCAUGGGAGAGCCGAUGGUACGCUACCUGAGCGAUAUACCCAUAAAGGCUUACUUAAUGAAAGCUGGAUUGGAUAGUAACGGCAAACCGCGCCUUUUCAGCAAAAACGAUCUAGUGCGAUGUGAAGUAUUAGAAACAUCUGUAGAUGCUGAACGCAUUUACUUGAGUUUGGAAAGUGUACAUGAAAAAAAUAAAGAUGUUACGCUGGGAGUCGUGACACAAGCCGAUUUGCCAAAAUACUACAGACAAAUCAAUGAGAAUAAGUUGGAGAAAUACGAGGAGUAUAUGCUUAAGUCAAAGGAAUUUUUAAAUCCAAACUAUGAUAUGCUCUAUGAAAUCGUCGGCUUAGACGUAAACGAGACAUACACUUAUAUGAGUUCGUUAAAAAAUCCCUUUCCGCGGAAUGAGUACGCCAAGGAACUGCGUCGCACUCAGGCGAGCAAAUGGGCUUUUCGCUCGGUUGCGGAAGGCAUUGAACAUUUUAAGAAUGGAAACCACGUGGAGGCGUUUCAGUGUCUCAACAAAGCACUCUCCAUCGAUCCACGGAAUGUAGAAGGUUUAGUGGCGCGCGGAGCACUCUACGCCAAUAAGGGCUCCUUUCUCAAGGCUGUGGAUGAUUUUGAAAAGGCACUUAAACUAAACUCCUAUCAUGUAAACGCACGUAAAUAUAUGGGAGAGACAUUGGUGGCACUUGGUCGUCGUUAUGAGGACGAGAACCGCAUAAAGGAUGCAACAAAAGCUUAUCAGGAUUGCUUAAAUAUUAUACCGAACCAUGAGCAAGCGCGCUUGUCGCUUGAAGCUAUUCAGCAGCGUACCAGUGUUCCAUAUUUUGAGAAUGUGGUAACUGUGCCAGGCGAGCAAGAAGAACUAGAUUUGGAAAGGGAAACGGAAAAAAUCUCUGUGCAUGAUUCAUCGAGUGGUGAAGGUUCAACAUCUAGUGGCAGCGGCUCCGAAACUGAGCCCUCGGAUAACGAAGAGAAUGGCAAGGAAAGUUCACUUUCACCGCUUAGCAAGCGUAUGGCUUUACAUGUCGCCAGCCUACAAAAGGAGGAAGAAUCUAAGAAACAACUCAACCAGCCAUUUUAUAUGAGUGCAUAUAAUGUGCCACCUGAACCCGUGGUGGCUCCAAGGGAUAUUAAUGAAUUUCGGCUGGAUGAUGACGACACUGGUUCACGUGUGCGCAAGCUAUUGCAAGAAGCUUCCAAACAUAAGAAGGAAAAAAAGAAAACAAAAAAGAAAAAGAGCAAGAAAUCCAAAAAAGUUAGUCGCAAAGAAAAAAACGCUGCGUCAUUAUUAAGCAAAAUCAAUUUCCAAGAUGCCUACAAAGCGAUCAGCAGCAUGAACAUCGAGAAUAAGCUCACUGAAAAUUUGCAAAAGUAUGAAAAGACCAUCGCUCAGAUUAAAAAACGUCAAAGUGAGUUGGUGGAAUCCAUUGAAGCUGGGAUGGCAGGGCGCGAACGCUCAGAGACGCCACCACCUCGCGCACCCUCAAUGCGUUUGCCCAACCAGCCUACAUCUAGUUAUGGCGCAUCAUCAUCGUCCAUAUAUUCUAGCUAUCCGAGUACAUCGGCCGCGGCAGCCGCUGCAGCAUCAAAACAUGAGCCUGCAAAAUUAUCGUUUCAAAUUAAGCGGCCUGUUACCGUGGACAAAAUCGGUUUCUUACGCAUAGCAACACCUUUGGCACAAAAAAGCCCUUCAUCGCGCUCUCGUUCGCGUACACCAUCACGAGAGCGUCGUCGACGUAGCCGCAGUCGCAGCCGAUAUCGUUCACUUUCGCGUGGCCGACGGGGUAGCCGUCGCCGUUCUCGUUCACGUUCUAUUGAACGUGGGGGGCGCAGACGCGGUUCACGUGGCAGACGUUCUUCGCGUUCCAGAUCACCAUAUCGCCGCUCACGUUCUCGUCCAUCGCGCCGUACGCGCUCACGUUCACGCUCGCCACUAGGACGUAGUCGUCGUGAUUCUCUAUCACCACGUGGUAGGAGACGUGAACUCGGUCGAGGUAGUGCAAGAGGAUCGCGGCCUUCACCACCACGCCGAAAACGGUCCAUUUCACCUAUUGAUGCAAAGAUAGGCAGAGGAGGAAAGCCGAAACGCGGUGGAAGAGGGGCAGCUCGUGGUGCUUUUGGAAAUCGUGUAUGGCGUAGAGAGGAUGCAAAAGAUGGACAAGAUUCGAAUGGGCGCUGGCUACACGACAGAUACGAGGAGAUAAAUGCCCCAAACAAAGUAGAUGACGGGCCAUCAAUUGAGGAAAUCGAUGAGAUCAUCAAUAGGGCUCAAAAGGAACGUAAACAGGAAAUAAUACAGCGCGAUAAAGACAUACUAAAGAAGCCAAUUGGGGGCCGGUUUUAAACUCAAUAUAUGGAAUAUUUACUUAGUUGCAUAAGCCUUACAUUUAAAAUGAUAGAUGCAUAUAUAAUGACAUACUGUAUACUGUAGUUAUUAUGAACCAGUUCUUUAGUUACGAUCCUGUACGUACAUUGUUUUUUUUUUUGCUCAUAUCUUGAUACGAAAAGUAUUGUGCGUAAAGAAAUUAAUAAAGUUUGCAUACAUACUACAUUGGACUGAAUAACCGAUAAAUUGGAGAAUUCUCAUUACUUUUUAUU